GUAGCUCUGGUUUUUUCCUUGCCAAAGACAGACAAGCACUGAGCCUGGCCCCACGUCCAGGCACCAGGACCUCCAAUCCAAUGGUGUCUUCUUCCUCCCAGUCACACUGUUCACUUUGCUCUACAGCAGCAAGGGCUAAACUAGGAGAGGCCAAAAGCCCAGGCAAGUCCUGGUUGGGCAAGCAAUUGCGAGCGAAACUGAGGACAAUCCUGACUGAGAUGGGUCUUUCAUAAGUCCCCCAAGAGCCAGGUGAGGCAUCAUCAACAUCAGCCUCUCCUGCCACCACCGCUUCCCUGAUUCAUGCACUUCAAGCUUCAGCCAGCAGCACGCAUCCUUGGGGUUAGGAGCCAGCAUCUCAGGUCGGCAGCCAUGGUUUCUCUGGAGAAAGACCCGUCAGAGGCUCAUUCAGAGCCUUAACCCUGAGCCUCUGCCACCUACCCACCGUGUUGAAGAUGUUAUUGCUUGGAAGGGACUACAACAGUGAGCUGAACUCCUUGGACAACGGACCUCAGUCACCCUCAGAGAGCAGCAGUAGCAUUACUUCAGAGAAUGUCCAUCCUGCUGGAGAAGCUGGACUAUCGAUGAUGCAAACUUUGAUCCACUUGUUGAAAUGCAACAUUGGCACAGGGCUCCUGGGGCUUCCCCUGGCCAUAAAGAAUGCCGGCUUGUUGGUCGGUCCUGUCAGCCUUCUGGCCAUCGGGGUCCUCACCGUGCACUGCAUGGUCAUCCUGUUGAACUGUGCUCAACACCUCAGCCAGAGACUGCAAAAGACUUUUGUGAACUAUGGAGAGGCCACGAUGUACGGCCUUGAAACCUGCCCGAACACCUGGCUGAGGGCCCAUGCAGUGUGGGGAAGCUUUUGUUUCCUCCGUCUGCCUCUUCCUUUCCUUCCCAGGUACACUGUCAGCUUCUUAUUAGUCAUCACCCAGCUGGGCUUCUGCAAUGUUUAUUUUAUGUUUAUGGCAGACAAUUUACAACAGAUGGUGGAAGAAGCCCACGUGACCUCCAACAUCUGCCAGCCCAGGGAGAUUCUGACGCUGACCCCCAUCCUGGACAUUCGUUUCUACAUGCUGAUAAUCCUGCCCUUCCUGAUCCUGUUGGUGUUUAUCCAGAACCUCAAGGUGCUGUCCAUCUUCUCGACAUUGGCCAACAUCACCACCCUGGGGAGCAUGGCUCUGAUCUUUGAGUAUAUCAUGCAGGGGAUUCCAUAUCCCAGCAACCUACCCUUGAUGGCAAACUGGAAGACCUUCUUGCUGUUCUUUGGUACAGCCAUCUUCACAUUUGAAGGCGUCGGUAUGGUUCUGCCUCUCAAAAACCAGAUGAAGCAUCCACAGCAGUUUUCUUUUGUUCUGUACUUGGGGAUGUCCAUUGUCAUCAUCCUCUAUAUCUUACUGGGGACACUGGGCUACAUGAAGUUUGGGUCAGACACCCAGGCCAGCAUCACCCUCAACUUGCCCAAUUGCUGGUUGUACCAGUCGGUCAAGCUGAUGUACUCUAUCGGCAUCUUCUUCACCUAUGCCCUCCAGUUCCACGUCCCAGCUGAGAUCGUCAUCCCGUUUGCCAUCUCCCAAGUGUCAGAGAGCUGGGCACUGUUUGUAGACCUGUCUGUCCGCUCAGCCUUGGUCUGUCUAACCUGUGUCUCAGCCAUCCUCAUCCCCCGCCUGGACUUGGUCAUCUCCCUGGUGGGCUCCGUGAGCAGCAGCGCCCUGGCUCUCAUCAUCCCAGCCCUCCUGGAGAUCGUCAUCUUUUACUCUGAGGACAUGAGCUGUGUCACCAUUGCCAAGGACAUCAUGAUUAGCAUUGUGGGCCUUUUAGGGUGUAUAUUUGGGACAUACCAAGCCCUCUAUGAGUUGCCCCAACCCAUCAGCCAUUCCAUGGCCAACUCCACCGGUGUCCAUGCAUAAUUAUCUGUUUUUAUUCUAAUAGCUCUCCCUUCCUCCCAUCCCCAGUUUGACUUCCAUGUGGAUGUUAUAUACCUUCAUCAAAUCCCAACAUCUCUGUAUUAAUUAGUGGCGUCUUUAUCUUUCCAAGAGAAAUGCAGAUGAGAAAAGUUAGCACUGAUGUCUCUCAGGCUACACCUUUUUUGGUUUUAUAUUUUUUGGAUGGCCUUUUGUACCUCAACCAAAACUAGAUUCAACUAUUCAUAUUAUCAGCCUCAUUUUAUGGAAAAGGGAUGCCACUUACCCCAAUAGCCCUUGAAACAGAGACCAAGCAUAAAUACAAAAGUAACUGUUUUCUCUACACUGCAGUAGCUGCCCUUAAAGCAUCAGAUUUAGAAAAGUGUAUGUUGGGCGAAGGGAGUUUUCUAUUUAGAUAUUCUAAGUAGAAGAGUCAUAGACAGAACAAAAACAGAACUCAGCAGUAAUUUUGUCCAACCACUGGCUCCGCCACUGAUUUCCUACUGGCCCUCAGGCAAGUUCCUCCCCAUCUCUCAGUCUAUGAAGUGAACAGUUGGACUAACUGAUUAUUAAGGACUCUGUCAACUCUGAUAUUCUGAAAGUGAAUAAAAGAAAUUAACUUAUCCACCAACCACAAAAACUGGCCAUGCUAGUGUUGGUGAGGAGGUGGAGUAACUGAAACUCCAUACCCUGCUAUGUGGAUAGAAAGUAGUACAAUCAGUUUGAUAAACAUCUUGUAGUUUCUUUAAAACUUAAACAUAUACCUACCAUAUGAUCCAACUAUUCCACUCCAGAAAAAAGAAAUAUAUAUCCAUAAAAAGACUUGUACAAAAAUAUUCAUGGUAACUUUACUUAUAAAAGCAAAGAAGUUGGAAAUACUCUAAAUGUCUAUAAACAAGAGAAUGGAUAAACAAAUUGUGAUGUAGCCAUACAAUGGAAUAUUCCUCAGCAAGGAACAGAAACAAACUGUUGAAAUACACAAUAAAAUGUAUGAAUCUUAAAAUAAAUAUGCUGAAUGACAAAAUCCAGACCAAAAAAAGAAUACAAACUGGAUGAUUCUAUUUAUAUAAAAGCCUGGAAAAUGAAAACUAAUCUGUAGUGACAGAGAACAGCUCAGAGGUUGGUGCAAGAUGAGAUGGGUGAGAGGGAGGUAUUACAAAGGAGCAAGAGGAAAUUUUUGGAAGGGAUGGAUAACAUGUUCACUGUCUUGAUUGUGAAGAUGGUUUCACAAGAGGGUACAUAUGUCAAAACUUAUCAAUUGGAUACUUCAAAUAUGUGGCAUUUAUUAUAUGUCAAUUAUACCUCAAUAAAGCUGUUAAAAAUAGAAUAUGAAA